UAGAGGGUCAAAACAGGCAAACGAACAGUUCAAAGAAUGUCUUGACCAGCUCCACGAGAUAAUUCUCAAAUACUCCGACACAUGUACACCUGUCCUAUGUGGAGACUGGAACUGUGAUCUGAUGAAAACAUCUAUUAAAUCAGCACGGUUAAAGGAACUCGAAGACUUCAUAAGUUCUAAGAAGCUAUUGUUUAAACUUGAAAUGAGUAUAAUGAUAGCUAUUGGUGUAGCUAUUAUUACAUUCCUGGUAGUUUUAUUCUUUGGAGUAUGGAAGCUAAGGACAAAAGUUUUGCCAAGCCGGGCUGGGAUGCCGAGAAAACCUAGAUUUAGAAAAAGAGAUAAGAUGCUGUUUUAUGGAAGGAGAAUGUUGAGAAAGGUUAAAAGUUUUACAAAAAACACAGUUGGUUCUUUGCCACAAGGAAGAGGAAAGAUAAAGAAUAAACAACUUGUUUUAAAACUGGCAAGAAAGUUAUUACAGAUGAGAAGACAUUCAGCUUUACCCCAGCUGAGACAUAAAGAACCACCACAGUCUUUCCUAGAAACUGAUUCAUCAGAGAUAGAGGAAUCAGACCACAGACUUCCUCCAGAAGUGUUAUACAUGUUAAGGAGCACUAGAGUAUUUGGACAUUUUGAGAAGCCGUUAUUCCUGGAGUUGGUGAAACACAUGGAAACAAAGAACAUAUCAGCUGGUUCCUAUUUAUUUAGGAUUGGGGACCAAGAUGAUAGUAUUUAUGUUGUACAGAGUGGAAAGCUCAAAGUUACAAUCAAAGAACAGGACAGUACAGAAUGUCUGGUGAAGUAUGUAACAACAGGAGAAAGUCUUCAUAGUUUACUUAGUAUACUGGAUGUCUUAACGGGACAUGUACGGCCGUAUAAGACAGUCAGUGCCAAAGCUGCAGUAGACACAGUUGUCCUCAGACUUCCAGCAUUAGCAUUUCAGUCCUUGUUUGAAAGAUUCCCAGAAUCUCUAGUUCGGGUAGUUCAGAUUAUCAUGAUUAGAUUACAGAGGGUAACAUUUACAGCAUUACAUAAUUACCUUGGUCUCAGUUCAGAAUUACUUAAAUCACAAUCAGAUAAACCAAGUUUACUCUCAAUAUCCAGCAUUAGUAACCCUAACAACUGGCCAACUAGUCCUCGUAAACACAGAGGAAGUUUAGACAUGGAGAAGUCAGAGGCUUCCAGAAAUCCAAAGUUUUUUAUUGACAACUCUGCUGACAAACCAAGGUCAGAUUUUGAUGUUGCUUGUGAGAGAGCAGGUGUAGAGAACAUAGGAUCCACUGAGAUCGUAGAUGAUGGACAACCUACUCCUAAGCUUAAGAUACCAUCUGAUACUGGUACUAAGAGUCAUCAUUCAGAUACCAGUCAGGAAAUAACUGAUGAUGUUAUUUUACAGUUGGCAAAGAAAGAUUUAGUUAAUAUUAUCAAAAUUCAGGACCAAUCAUUAUUAGAUGACAAGUUGAAAGUAAGAAGAAUGAAGGGAGGACACUCAAUAAUAAGGCAGGGGGAUCAGGAUGCUAGUUUGAUAUUUGUGGUAACAGGAUCGUUGAAUGUUGUACAGCAGAUGAUUGGUGAUGAAAAGAAGGAGACAUUGCUGUUUGUUGCUUUACCUGGAGAGAUUGUUGGUUCCCUGGCCGUGCUGACAGGAGAACCCUCCUUCUUUACAAUGCGUGCCAAAGUAGAUACUAUUGUAGUAACUAUAUCCAAAGUAGAAUUUUACAGUAUUAUGAGGGAACAGCCUUCUGUAGUAUUGAAUGUAGCCCAUACCACUGCUGUCAGAAUUGCACCAUUUGUCAGACAGAUUGACUUUGCUUUAGACUGGAUGAUGAUUGAAGCUGGAAAAGCAUUAUUCAGACAAGGGGACCAGUCAGACAGUGUAUAUAUCAUACUAACAGGACGUCUAAGAUCUGUUAGAACACAUCACAAUGGUAAAAAAUCACUUGUGGCUGAGUAUGGACGAGGAGAACUGGUUGGCAUUGUGGAAGUUCUUACAGACACUGCUAGAACAACCACUAUAAUGGCUGUCAGAGACACAGAAUGUGCCCAUUUGCCAGGUGAUUUACUAAAUCUAAUUAAACGAAAGUACCCACAGAUUGUAACAAGGCUGAUACAUUUGUUAGGACAAAGAAUUCUUGGUCAUAUUGAAACAAGAGAUGAAGUACACAUGAAUCUUGAUCAUGUCUCAGGUAUAGACAAGAAGGUAUCAGUGGGUAACUUGUCUACAAUAGCAGUAUUAGGUUCCAAUAAAGAUGUGCCUUUAACUAGCUUUACUUUGGAAUUACAGCAUAGUCUACAAGCUAUUGGUAAUACAACCAGAUUAACCAGUGAUAUAGUCAAACAAAACUUAGGAACUGGUGCUUUUGAAAGUAUAAAUGAGUUCCGACUAUUUAACUGGCUUGGUCAACAAGAAGACAUGAACAUCAUAACCUUAUAUCAGUGUGACUAUUCCAUGACAAAGUGGACCAAACAUUGUAUCAGACAAGCUGACUGUAUAUUAAUUGUAGGGCUCGCCAAAAAUGACCCUUCAGUAGGGGAGGUAGAACAACAGAUGGAGAACAUAGCUGUACGAGCUCAGAAAGAGUUGGUUCUGUUACAUGACGAGGAUGCAGAAUCACCUAAAGGGACAAUAGAAUGGUUAAAUGCUAGGGGAUGGUGUUCAUCACAUCAUCAUAUUAGAUGUCCUAAAAGGGUUCUCAAAAAACAAGCUGAAAUUAGAGUGGUUGAAAGUUAUGAAAGGGUUUAUCAAACAAAGCCAGACAGAUUAUCAGAUUUUUCACGUCUUGCAAGAUUUUUGACGGGGACAUCUGUUGGCUUAGUAUUAGGUGGGGGAGGAGCAAGAGGCCUUUCACAUAUAGGGAUUGUAAAGGCCUUACUGGAGGCUGAAGUCCCAAUAGAUAUGGUAGGGGGAACCAGUAUGGGCUCCUUUGUAGGUGCUGUAUGGUGUGAAGAUAGAAAUAUAACCAGAUUUACACAGAGAUGUAGAGAAUGGUCCAUGGACAUGACAUCAAUUUGGCAGAAAGUAUUAGAUCUGACUUAUCCUAUUACCUCAAUGUUUACAGGUCAAUCCUUUAAUGUGACAUUAGAGAAAACCUUCAAAGACCGACAAAUAGAAGAUUUAUGGAUUCCAUACUUCUGUAUUACUACUGAUAUUACAAGUUCUUCAAUGAGAAUACAUACUCAUGGCAGUUUAUGGCGAUAUGUGAGAGCCAGUAUGUCACUGUCUGGAUAUUUGCCACCAUUGUGUGAUCCUGUAGAUGCCCAUUACUUACUGGAUGGAGGCUAUGUCAAUAACUUGCCUGCUGAUGUAAUGAAACAGUUAGGGGCCAACUCUAUAUUUGCUGUAGAUGUUGGGAGUCGAGAUUCCACAGAGUCUUAUAACUAUGGAGAUAAAAUCUCUGGUUUCUGGUUACUGGCUAACAAAUGGAGUCCAUGGUCAGAAACAGUUAAGGUACCUGAUAUGGCAGAAAUCCAGUCCCGCUUAGCCUAUGUAUCAUGUGUACGUCAGUUGGACCAUGUUAAAAACAGUGACUAUUGUGAAUACAUAAGACCACCAAUAGAUAAAUAUGGAACACUGCAGUUUGGAAGCUUUGAUGAAAUAGCUGAUGUAGGUUACCAGCAUGGUAAAGCAUUACUGAAUGGAUGGAUAAAAGGUGGAUUAGUUGAUGAAUUAUUCAGACCUAAGCCUGGUCAUAGAAAAGCUUUCAAAGAUCAACCACAAAUGAAGAGAGUACAGACAAUGGCACAGCCUUCACUUGCUAAGUUUACAGAUCUUGCUGAGUUAGUAUCUAAAAUAGAAGAACCUAGUCCUUCAUCUAAUGUCUCACAGAGUAGCUUCGAUACUGACGAUGAAAUAAAUGAAGCAAUGUUUGACGAUGGAAAUGAGGAAGAUGAUGAUGAUGAUGAAUAUGAAGAUGAUGACGAUGAUGAUGAUGACAUUGAUAUUGAGGAUGUAAUUAAUGCUGAUAUUAUAGAGGAAAAGGAGGAUGAUCUGAGUGGAGAUGACAACAAAGGAUUAAGUGUUGGAAUCAGUAAAUCUGAUGGAUCACUGAGACACAGAAUAGGAAAAUCAUCUGACCAAUCAGUUUAGUUGAUACCAGAUAUGACCAAUCAAAAAACAGAUAUCAUUAAAGAAGAUAGAAGACAAAAUACUAACAUGAUAUACUUCUUGUGUUUUAUUUAUGAAAUAUUUAUAUUCUUAAAAAGUGAAGGUUAUUUUGUCAUCAAAUUUUAUUUAUGUUUUCAAUUUAAAAUUGACCUACUGUCAAAAUCUAUAUUAAGUGUUCUUUGCAGUUUUAGGAACAUCAACAUGAUAAAUUGUAAGAGUGUUUUUUUCCAAGAAAUUUGAUCUUGAACUGAUAAAAACUAGAAUUUUAAAAGUACGUAUUUAAAACAGCUUUAUGAAAACACAUAAAUCCAGUGAAAAGAGUGGAUUUUUAAAGUAAAAAAAAACUUAGAAAAUAUCCACACAUAUUUUUUGGUUAGAAGUUUUGCUUCAAAUUUUGAUUUGUGUGUCAAUAAUUAAUUAACCACAGCAAAAACUACAUAGUGUGUAUAUGCCUAAGUUAACAUAUAUUCAUUUAAAGGAUUCACCAUGAGUUUGAAAUUUAUAUUAAGUUUGACGUAAAAUAAAUUUUUAUAUUAUAAUUUUGUGUCUUUCUGACUGUGUAAAUAUUCUUGUAUUAAUAUUUUUAUUACAUUUGCUGUUAGUAUUCAUGAUAACCUUUCUUCCAGAACUAUAUACUAACAGAGGUAGAAGUAGUACACUGCUAGUGUAAUCCUUAAUGUCUUGUUUUUUGUUCACAAGUGUCUAACCAUUUGUAUAAGUAUUUAGAUAAUGUAAUGACAGCAUUACUGGUGAUUUCUAUAAGCUAAUGUGCCUUAUUUAUUUGCUUUAAUUGUAUAUGCAGAUAAUACUUAUUUUCUGUGAAAUUCCUGACUAUAAAAUGGGGAAUAUUGAAAUUUGUCUUCUACACUAAACAGUGUUUCAUUAUCCCUUUGAAGUGCUAUGUAUUAUUAGAAUCGGAUAAAUGAAGAUUUACCCUCUGUUUCUUUAUACAUCUAUUCAAUUUCCAUGGUUAAUUGGUGAUAACCCUGUGUAUAUUACUGGUGGAAAACUUUAGCAUUUAAUUAAAGUAAUAUUUUACUUUUGGAUUCUUAAAGCUAGUGGUUAAUAGUUAAGGGACUUUUGCUCAAUCCUAUUCGAGUUUGUUUGUCCUUUCUAAACCAAGGUGGAGCAAACCAAUAUUGUACAAUCCAAUCCAGGGCAUUGAUUCAAAGAUCUUGAAUUAUUGUGAUACUUUGUUACUGUAUGCAAGUGUUUGUUGUUUUAUUUUUGUUGAUGUGUACAUGUGAAUGACUAUUGAAAAAUAAAUUUAUUUAUAAUUA